CUACGUUAGCCUAGCAUCCUUGACGUCCUUGGAUGCAUCUGCUGUCCAUCGAGCAUGUGGAUGGAUAAGGGUACGAACAACGGCAUGGAGGAGUGGCGUGUGCGGCAACAGGACCGUGACCAUAGCCUUAGGCGUAGCCUGGCCUCCUCAGAUGUCCCCGAAAUGCUCUCCUACGAUGCCUUGUACGACUCUGGAGACCUGCCGCUAACGCUGUCGGGCCCCCUGGCAGCUCCGGCUACAGCAGCCAACAUCAGCGACCCGCCGCGGUCGGCUCGGACCCCUCCCAGGGCAUCGCUCCACGUCCCCAACAACACGCCCCGCUCUGCACGGAACCCGCCUAUUCCCCGCGCUCCGUCCAAGGGCCGCAGCCCCAACAUCCCAUCCGCUGCAACUACAGCAACGCAGGCGGCGGCAGCCGGCAGCACCGGUCCCUCGCGUGCCUCACCCACGCGCAGGUCUGUCUCCAAAACCCGAGGGCAACUCGCUGGCGGCGGCAGCAGUGGACAGAACAGUACGGCGGGAGCGGCGGCGGUGGGCGCUACCGCUGCCGGCUCUUCAGGACCCACGGCCGGCGUGACGGCGGGAGCGGCGCCGGUAGCGACAAGUCCCGUGGGUCACCGACCCUCAAGCGCGAGCAACCGGCACCGUGUUAACCUGCUCGAGGUCCUGAAGAGCCAACAGCUGCAGCAAAACCAGCUACGACUGAGCACCCAGAGCCUGUCGGCAAUGCAUGAGGCUAGCGGGAACGGCCUAUCGAGCAUGGACAUGGGCCCGGGGUCUUGUACGGCAGCAGCUACGGCGUCAGGGGCGACACCGCCGCAUAGUGCCCGGCUGCGGAACGGCGCGGGUUCUCCGUCGGCAGCGGCGGCUAACAGUCCGCAACCGGUGAAUCUGCGAGACCUGCCGCCCGGGGCGCUCCAGCGGAUAGACCAGUUACGGCAGCACCAACACUCCUCAUCGUGGGUGGGAGGCGGCGCGGCGGGCGCAGCAGCAGCGGCGGCGCCAGUCACAGCAUGGUUGGCGUCGCCGGAGUUGUCGAUCCCGGAAGGAACGGAUAUCGACGGUGUUGUUGAUGAGGAAGAAGGAAGUGACGCGCACAGCUUUAAGGCUGCUGCUGCGACGGCGGCGGCGACGGCGGUUCCUGUUGCAGCUUCCGGUGCCGCGGCAGCAGCAGAUGCUGCACCAGGCGGGAGCAGCGUCCCACGGGUCGGUGCGGGCGCUGCCACGCCGCCUGUGCAGUCUAGCGGAAGUGCAGCUGCGGCAGCCAUAGAGUCCAGGCCCCGGUCGCGACGCACGGCUUCAGGCGACGGCAUGUGGAGUACGGCAGCAGCGACGCAACCACCGCCGGCAGCGGAGGCGCCGGCAUCGCCGCUGCGGGAGGUCCAAGAAGCCAUGGCACUAGCAGCGGCCGCGGCGGCGGCGGGUUAUCGCCCGGCAGCGGGUAACCCUGCAGCCGGGAGUUCGUCGCCGGCAGCAGCAGCAGCAGCAGGCGGUCCAACACGCCCGAAUGAGUUGCCACCGCGACGCGGGCGUCCAUAUCCGCAAGUGCCCGUGCCUGCAGGCUCAAUUCCGAGUGCGGCGGGUGCGGACGGUGUGGCGGAGGUGCCGCCACCGUCGCCGUCGGCUCUUCAGCAAUACCGGCAGGAGCAAAGCAAUAGCGCCUUGACAGUGCAAGCUUGCACUGACGCUGCCACUGCCGUAGCGUCGUCUAUGCCGCCGACGCCGCGUCGCGGUUUCACGCUGUUGUCACCGCCGUCGUCAGCCCGGCGGGAUCCCACCGACCGCACCACAGCGCCGCAUCUGUCGUCGCCUCAGCGCCACUCCAGCCCUCAGCUUCAACUUCAGUCUUCACCUGCUCCCACGCAACAGCUUGACGCCCCCGCACCACACGCCUCCGCGCCCCCUCGCAGCGCCUCCGCCGCCAACGGCGGCAGCGGAGGCUCGGACGAGUUUGCAGCCUCCGGUGCGCUUGUACGGCAGCUUGUGUUGCUCGUCCAAUCUCAAGCAGCGCAGAUCCAAAACUUACAGGGCUCGGUUGCGGCGCUGACUGCGGCAAACAGCGACAAGUGCGUUGCCUUGGAGUACGGACCAGCGGACAAGCAGCGGUGUGAGGUUGGUGUCGACGGAAACGACAGCGGUGGCGGCAUGAUGGCUGUGAUUGCAGCGGGGCCACGUCCCGUCAAUGACGGCGCCAUGCAUGACAGCGUUGCUAGUUUGCGACGGGACUUGGUGCAUGUCGGCGGCGGCGGCAGCUUUAAUACCACCACUUCCAUUGGCGCUGCCGCCGGUAUGGAUGGCGAAGAGGAGGACGGCGAUGGCGACAACGCCGAGGGGCGCUUCGACCAUAGUAGCAGCGGCGGCGGCGGCAUGGUAGGGCCGAGGGCAGCAUCACAUGCGCAAGAGCUGCCGUGCGAUGCCGGCAGGGGCAGCAGCGGCGGCGGCGGCGGGUGCGGCUGCGAUGAUGCGCGUGCGGGGAGCUUUGCGGCUGCUAGCGGGGAUGCCUCCGAGCUCAGGCAGCAGGUCCUCCUCCUAUCGCACGCAGUGGCCUCCAUGCCACCGCAGCAGCAGCACCGCCAGCUCCCUCAGCAGCUGCGGGUGCAGCCCUCCGCCGCCUCCGCUUCAGCCGUCUGCGGGGGCACCAGCUCCGUGUCCCGCUCCACCGGCGGCGGGGUUGGAAGCGCAAGCGCCGGGGAAAGCAGUAACAGCAACAGCAGCGGCGGCGCCGUCGCUAGCGGCAGCUUGUCGCUCCUCUCUCAGCAACAGCAGCAGCAGGAGCAGCGGCUACAUGAGCAAGCCCUACGUGCCGAGUUACGGGCUCUGCGGGAGGCGGUAGCGCAGUGCGAGAUGUCGCACCAAACGCACGCAUCUCAGUACGCUGCUGAGAUGGAGGAGCUGCGGCAGCGGCUGCGGCAGCAGCAGGAGCAGCAGCAGCAGCAGGCGGCCCUGCACCAAAGGGUGCUGGGGGAGCAUCGCGUGCUGCUGCAGGAACACCAUGCGUUGCUUGCUGCGCUGGCUUCCGGAGCGGCGGAUGCAGGCGCUUGGCGGCAACAAGCCGAGCAGCAAAUGGAGGAGCUGAGGCUGCAACUCAUGCAGCAGCAGCAGCAGCUCAUGGUGCGCGAGUCCCCAGUUGACCGUGCGGAUGUAGCUGACGCCGCAUGCGGGCGUCACCCGCAGCAGUGCGAGGAGCAGCAGCAGCAGGUGGAGGGGCUGACGCGGGAAGUGACGUCGCUGGCGCAGGACUUGCAGCGGCACCAGGAAAGCAGCAGAGCGGCGCUGGACCAGCUGGCUGCUGGAAUGGAGCACGUGGCGGCAUGUCUGAUGGCUGCACUGCUGCCACAGCAUGCAGCCGCAGCAGGGGUGCAUGCCGCCAUGGGCUCCCUGUUGGCACCGACGGCGGCGGCGAAGGCAGCUGGGGGGUGCUCCGAGACCGAUGGCGCAGUUUACAUGAUGGAUGGCAACCCCGGCGGCGGCAGAAAGGUCUUUCUGGGCGGUACUGCCGCCGCCAGGGAUGGUGGGCUGCCUGCCAGCUGUGAGGACUCUCCACGUUCGUCUGUUGCUGGCGUCGCUGCCAACGUGACAGCGUCGGUUAUCGGUGUGGCUGCUGAGGCUUCCGCAGAUGGCAGCACGCUGCAAGACGUGCGGCGGCAGUUGCGGUCGUUGCAGCGGGAAAUGCGCGGCAUGCGGGCAACCAUGGCGGCUCAGGCGAUGAUUGCCGCCGCUGGUGGAGCCGCCUCUGCUGCGGUAACAGCUGCCGGCGGCGGGGGCAGCGGUGGGUUGGGAGUUAAUGCCGGCAGCGGCGGUGGAAGGAGUCAUCGCAGAGCGGCGCCCGUGCGGGCCCCCAUGCAACUGCGACAACACGCGGCGGCGGUGAGGGCGAUGGGGGCACGGAGAGAUGGUAGCGGCGCCGGAGGCAGUAGCGCCGGAGGCAGCACUGGCGGAGGCGGCGGCGGUGCUGGCGGCUGGGUUGAUAUGCAUGGGGUGGUGUUGGAGGAGGGUGGCGUUGGUCCCGCUGCGGAGGGGGGUUUGCUGAGACUCGAGACGCAACAACAACAACAGCCGCAGAACCAGAACCAGCUGACGCAGCAGCAGCAGCAACAUGCGCUGUUGCCGCGGUUGCGGACGCAGCUGCACGCGGGUGCCGGUGAGCUGCGCAGCGGAGAUGCACUCAUGCUAGAGGCCCAGGAGGCGCUGGUGGACCUGGUAGCGGACAUGCGCACCGAGCUGGAUGAACUGCGGCGGGCGGUACAACAGCCGCUGGGUGCUGCGGGCGGAACCAGUACGACAUGCAUGGCGGCCGCCGCCGGCAGCUUGGAGGCGGACGGAAGCAGCGGCGGCUUCGGCGUCUGCGGCGGGGGAGAUAGGGAAAGCUGCUGCAUGCUGGGGCUGCCGGCGCCCGGGACGCUAGGAGAGGAGGAGGAUGGGGAGGAGCAGCAGCAACAGCAGCCAUAUCAGCAGCCGCUGGAGACGGGCUUGAUGCAAUCCGGGCGUCAUGCUUUUGCAUUUGAGCAGGGGACCGGGCAGCAGGAGCAGCAGCAGCAGCAGCAGGCGGGGGUGUCUGCGGGUGCGGGGGUGCGCGGGGAUGCAGGAGCAGUGCAUGGCAGCGGCAUGGGGCAGGCUCCCUCCUCACGACGUCCCCCCAGCGACCUGCCUUCCCUAGAGCCCGCCGGAGCCCUCCGCCAGCUAAACCGCCAGCCCGAAGGCGGCCCCUCCGCUGCUGCCCCCUUCAUGCCUGCUGCACCUCCGCCGGCGCUUGCAGCCUCCCCGCGCAUCCUAUCCAUCGUUCCCCCCUCCUCCUCCUCCUUCUCCUCCUCCUCCGCUGCUGCUGCUGCUGCUGUCCCUCUUGAGCCACGGGUCAGUCCCCCCGUCAAUGGUCCUCCUGACCUGGUCCCGCCUGACCGCCCCCUCGGCAGACGAUCUCAGAUGUCGAGACUGAAGCAGGCUAGGAAGUAAGCGGCGUGAGAGGUGCCCGGUGUGUGUGGUGUGCUGCCAGCCAUUUGGUGGCGUGGUGGACCUGGUGGUGGUGCGGGUGCGGGUGCGGGUGCUGCUCUGGUUAUUGGACGAGGGGAGCAGCAAGCGGCAGGCGGUGUCAGGUGGAGGGUCGCCGUGGGCUUGCCGGGUGGAACGUGCUUGGGCGGUUUGGCACAUGCGGGUUUUGGUGGGAAUACAAGGGGCUGGAAUACCGGUAGAGGAAUGCGGAAGAGGGGCGUGGGUGUGGGAGGGGUGUGGGGUGAGGAAGCGGCAGCCGCAGCUUACUGCUGGUGCACUGGUGCACGUGGGGUUGCCGGACGCGGUAAGUUAGCGUGUGCAUGGUGGUAAUGGUGAUGAUGGGAGUAUGCGGUCAUUGGGUGGGACUUCUUCAUAUGUAGCGGCUAUGCUCGUGGGAAAGGGGCUAUGAUAAGGCCGGCAGAGGGUUUGCGAUUGAAGGCUGGCCGGAGCAGUAGUGACGUCAAGAGUUGAGUAGUUGCGGAUUGUAAUACAGCUACUGGGUGUAUUAGUAGCGCAUAGACGCGCAUGCGGCUGUGUGGUCGGCGCAGCAAGGAUGCAGCAGCUCGGGCGGUGGUCGGGGCGGUGCACGGGGGUGGUUAAUUUGGAGACAGAAUCCGCAUUAAGCUGCGCACGGGGGUGGUGCGGGUGACGUGGACGGUGGUGUUGUUGUGGGCCACGGGUGUAAGGAGUGUAUUUAUUCAACAGGUAAACCCUCAUGUACGCGGCAUGUGUGUUGAGUGGGGAAUCGCGGAUCCUAUAAUUGCGUCUGUAUGCGUGCGCAGUAAAUGGCGCGACGAACAGGCGCGCGUGUGUUCACGGAGGCACCAUGCGGCUCGGCUGCAAACGGGAGACAGCCAUUAUGUGUUUGGCUGUCGCAAUGGCAAGCCCCCCUCAGGGAGGAUGUUGUCACUGCCCUGCACUGAGGGAAGACAUCACAUGGGUUAUUCUUGGGUACUGCUCACGGUGGUGUCUAAUGGGGGCUAACACGCUUUUGCAAGAGAAAGCGGAUUCCAUGUGCUGCUGUUUGCGAUGGCCCUAUGGUGGCCGUCGGAUGAUGUGUACGGUGUUAGCGACGGCGGGCUUGACCAAUGCUGAACUCAUUACCAUAAUCUCAUAAUACUCAUUACCCGUAUUAGCACGUGCCCAUCGGGGCGGCAAUGCUCUUUAGGAUACGCUACCUUUGUGAAAGGAGCCGUUGCUGUUGCACGAUGGGAGAUUAGCACGUUCGGGUUGUGGGUCCGAAACCUUGGAGUUAAUUCUUUGUCGGGUUUGGUUUAUGUAGGUUCAAUUUGAGCUAUGGAGCUGGUGGCUUGCGUGGUUGCGAUCGAAUUACAUGGAUGGGUUGCACCUUGCAUGUACCGGUAUGCAUGGAGGUAGCAGUUGCCAUGUCUGGUUAGUCGCGCUAUCCUCCCUUGCUUUGCAGUAUGUUUGUCUCUUUAUGUCCAGAGACGGCAAUUUCACAGACGUUUUUACCGUAGUGCUUAGGGGAACGUUGAUGGACUGUUGACGAAGCACACAGGAUGCGCAGCGCGACCCUGUUUGCGCCCUCUCAGUUGUCUGGCGACUGCACAUAGUAUUUUGGGUCCACCUGGUAAAUUUCCAUCCGUGCUGGCUGGAAAAAAAUUUUAACGACCGACGUGCCAACACUGCCAACAGUAGCU